AUGGGAUCAUUUAAGACUUCUGUUUUCAUCUUGACGCUUCACCUUCUAAAGGGGGCCCUGAGCAAUUCGCUCAUUCAGCUGAACAAUAAUGGCUAUGAAGGCAUUGUCAUUGCAAUUGACCCUGACCUACCAGAAGAUGAAACACUCAUUCAACAAAUAAAGGACAUGGUGACACAGGCGUCUCCAUACCUGUUUGAAGCUACAGAAAAACGAUUUUAUUUCAAAAGUGUUGCCAUUUUGAUUCCUAAAAACUGGAAGACAAAACCUGACUAUGUGAGACCAAAACUUGAGACCUACAAAAAUGCUGAUGUUCUGGUUGCUGCACCUAAUCCUCCAGGUAACGAUGACCCCUACACUGUACAGAUGGGAAAGUGUGGAGAAAAGGGUGAAAGGAUUCAUUUCACUCCUGACUUACUCGCAGGAAAAAAGUUACGUGAAUAUGGACCAAUAGGUAGGGUAUUUGUCCAUGAAUGGGCUCAUCUACGAUGGGGCGUAUUUGAUGAGUACAAUAACGACCAGAAAUUCUACUUAUCCAACGGAAAGAACAAACCAGUGGCAUGUUCAGCAGCUAUUGAUGGUGAAAAUAAAGUAUAUAAGUGUCAGGGGGGCAGCUGUAUCAAAAAAUCAUGCAAAAUCGACAGAUUAACAGGACUAUACGAAAAGGAUUGCCAGUUUUUACCCAAAACCCACCAGACUGAGAAGGCUUCCAUAAUGUUUGCACAAAGCAUUGGUUCUGUGGUUGAAUUCUGUACAGAAAAAAACCACAAUAAAGAAGCCCCAAAUCUGCAAAACCAACGAUGCAAUCUCCGAAGCACGUGGGAAGUGAUCCGUGAUUCUGAGGACUUUAAGACAACCACGCCUAUGACAACACAGCCGCCCACACCCACCUUCUCAUUGCUGCAGAUUGGACAGAGAAUUCUGUGCCUCGUCCUUGAUAAGUCUGGAAGCAUGGCAAAUGAUAACCGCCUUAAAAGACUGAAUCAAGCUGCCAAACUUUUCCUGCUCCAGACGGUUGAGCAGGAAUCCUGGGUUGGGAUGGUGACGUUUGACAGUGCUGCCCACGUACAAAGUGAACUCAGACAGAUAAACGGUGUCGGUGACAGAGACACACUCAUCAAAAGCUUGCCCACAACGUCUUCGGGAGGGACCUCCAUCUGCUCCGGGCUGCGAUCAGCAUUCACUGUGAUUAGGAAGAAAUUCUCGACAGAUGGAUCUGAAAUUGUGCUGCUGACUGACGGGGAGGACUCCACCAUAAGCGGGUGCUUUAAUGAGGUGAAGCAAAGCGGGGCCAUUAUCCACACUGUGGCCCUGGGACCCUCUGCUGCUCAGGAACUAGAGGAACUGUCCAAAAUGACAGGAGGUGUACAGACAUAUGCUUCAGAUCAAGCUCAGAACAAUGGCCUCAUUGAUGCUUUUGGGGCACUUUCCUCAGGAAAUGGAGCUCCCACUCAGAAGUCCAUCCAGCUGGAGAGUAAGGGAUUAACCCUCCAGAACGGUCAGUGGAUGAAUGGCACGGUGAUUGUGGACAGCACGGUGGGAAAGGACACUUUGUUUCUUGUCACCUGGACAAAACAGCCUCCCCAAAUCCUUCUCUGGGAUCCCAGUGGAAAGAAACAAGAUGGCUUUGUAGUGGACACAAACACCAAAAUGACCUACCUCCAAAUCCCAGGCAUUGCCAAGGUUGGUGCUUGGAAAUAUAGUCUGCAAGCAAGCUCACAAACUCUGACUCUGACUGUCACCUCUCGUGCUUCAAGUGCCACCUUGCCUCCAAUUACAGUGACUUCCAAAAUGAACAAGGACACAGGCAAAUUCCCCAGCCCUAUGAUAGUGUAUGCAAAUAUUCACCAAGGCAACUUACCAAUUCUCAGGGCCAGUGUUACAGCCCUGAUUGAAUCAGCAAAUGGAAAGACAGUUACCUUGGAAUUACUGGACAAUGGAGCAGGUGCCGAUGCUACUAAGAAUGAUGGUAUCUACUCAAGGUAUUUUACAGCUUACGAUGCAAAUGGUAGAUACAGCGUGAAAGUGUGGGCUCUGGGAGGAGUUAACGCAGCCAGACAGGGAGCAAUAUCCCCACGAAAUGGAGCUAUGUACGUGCCUGGCUGGAUUGAGAAUGGUGAAGUGAUAUGGAAUCCACCAAGAUCUGAAACUGAUAAGAAUGAUCCUCAAAACAAACAAGUGUGUUUUAGCAGAACAUCCUCCGGAGGUUCAUUUGUGACCUCUGAUGUCCCAAAGGCGCCCAUACCUGAUCUCUUCCCACCUUGCCAAAUCACCGACCUGAAGGCGGAAAUCCAGGAGGGCAAUUUCAUUAACCUGACUUGGACAGCUCCUGGGGAUGAUUAUGAUCACGGAGCAGCUCACAAGUAUAUCAUUCGGAUAAGUACAAGUAUUCUUGAUCUCAGAGACAAGUUCAGUGAUUCUGUUCAAGUGAAUACUGAUGAUCUCAUCCCGAAGGAGGCCAACUCUGAGGAAGUCUUCAUGUUUAAACCAGAAAACAUCACUUUUGAAAAUGGCACAGAUGUCUUCAUAGCUGUUCAGGCUGUUGAUAAGGUUAAUCUGAAAUCGGAAAUAUCCAACAUUGCACGUGUAUCUUUGUUCAUUCCUCCACCGCCACCUAGUCCUGGCGAUACUUGUGUUUCUUGCCCUACUAUUAGCAUCAACAGCACUAUCCCUGGCAUUCACAUUUUUAAAAUUAUGUGGAAGUGGAUAGGAGAACUGCAGCUGUCGCUUUCAGGAGAUGAAUAAAGUAAACCAUCUGUCCUU